AUGCCGACUGCAAUCGUGACAGGGGCAAACUCCGGCAUCGCCCAUGCAUUUGCCAAUAUACUCUGUGAUGAGGGCUACACGGUCUACGCCGUUGAUCGAGAUAGCGGGAACGGUCUCCAGGCACUGAAAGCCAAGAAGGCUCACGUUGCUGAAGUGGAUGUGACUUCUCCCGAGUCGAUCCAAAAGUUCAAAGACACUCUCGGUGACACAGCAGUUGACCUGUUGCUCAAUAUUGCAGGUGUUGCCGCCUCCAGUGAAGAUGACAGUCUCACCACGAGCAACCUGCAAGUCUUUCAACGGACGUUUGCAGUCAACACAUUUGGGGUUUUCCUCCUGACGCAGGCCCUCUUGCCCAACGUUCUAAAAGCCUCCAAGCCCAAGAUCGGUAUCGUCUCGAGUCGCGUUGGAUCAGUGGGCGACAACAGCUCUGGCGGACACUACGCCUAUCGCUCUUCCAAAGCUGCCGUCAACUCCAUUGGCAAAAGCAUGGCGAUGGAUUUGAAAGACAAGGGCGUCACGGUCAUGUUGCUGCAUCCUGGCUAUGUUAGGACGAACCUGCUGCCGGGUGCAAAGAUGCCCCCAGAGACAGUUGAGCCCGACGAGGCGGCAAGGAAACUGUGGGAGAAUAUCGUCAGUCAGAAGACAAUCGACGACACGGGCAAGUUCUGGCAUCGCGAGGGAUUCGAGUUGCCAUGGUGA